UUCCACGAGACUGGGAUCAACGCGCGCUUUGGUGGAAACAGAGCUAGAGUACAUCUUCAUUUGGCCCGCGGAGCUAUCUCAGUUCCACCAUGACUGACCGCUUUGACUGCUACUACUGCCGCGACAACCUGCAGGGCAAGAAGUACGUCAAAAAAGACGAGAAACACGUGUGCCCGCGAUGCUUUGACAAGAUCUGUGCCAACACCUGUGCAGAAUGCCGUCGUCCAAUCGGCGUCGAUGCCAAGGAGCUAACCCAUAAGAACCGUCACUGGCAUGAGGACUGCUUCCGUUGUGCCAAGUGCUACAAGCCCCUGGCUAACGAGCCAUUCAGUGCCAAAGAAGAUGGCAAGAUCAUGUGUGGCAAGUGUGGUGCCAAAGAAGACUCGCCAAGAUGCCAAGGCUGUUACAAGGUCAUCAUGCCAGGGUCUAAGAACGUGGAGUACAAGCACAAAGUGUGGCAUGAAGAGUGCUUCACCUGCUUUGACUGCAAACAGCCAAUCCGCACUCAGAGCUUCAUGGCCAAAGGCAAUGACAUCUACUGCGGCACCUGCCAUGAGAAGAAGUUUGCUAAGAACUGCGCCAGCUGCAAACAGCCAAUCACCUCGGGUGGAAUUACCUACCAGGACCAGCCUUGGCACUCUGAGUGCUUUGUGUGUAGCACCUGUAGGAAACCUCUGGCUAAUACUCGCUUCACGGCCUGUGAGGAUCAGUAUUACUGUGUCGACUGCUACAAGACCUCUGUGGCCAAGAAGUGUCAGGGAUGUAAUAACCCAAUAACAGGGUUCGGCAGAGGGACGAACGUGGUGAACUACGAGGGGCAGUCCUGGCACGAGUACUGUUUCAACUGCAAGAAAUGUUCUCUGUCUCUGGCCAACAAACGCUUCGUCCUCCACGGAGAAAACAUCUACUGCCCCGACUGCGCCAAAAAGCUGUGAGCGACGGAGGAGAGAAAGCCGGGAAAGGCCGAAGAAAAGGCACUCAUUUAAAGCGAACUAACACAAGCUUAGCAGAAAAAGUGAAGGAUUAAAAAUAAAAACGGUAAAACUAAAUGCUAACCUGGGUGUCAUUGGAAGGCAUCAGCAUUGAGGGGAUGGUAGGCAUACGAUUGCUUGGACGGGAAAUUUAUCGGGUUGUUUUUUUUGUUGUUUUGUUGUAUAAUGAGGUAGAACUGUGAUUGGAGAGAUGACUUGUGUGUGAGAGAGGCUUAAGUAAAUGAAUCUGCAACUGUAGAGCAAUUGAGAGGAUUGUUUCUUUUGUUCAAGAUGAAAUAAUUACAGUAGUCAGUUAUUGAUAAUGUCUAAUACAUUGAUCUAGAGCUUUUCUGUAGCAAAAAAUAGCAAAUAUACAACACUAUUGUUUUAGGAGGUAUAACGAAAACUCUUGUAUGUCUGGAAUUAUCUGUAAUGGGAUUAGUAAUACGCCUUACUGGAAAAAAAAAAAAAAUAGCCUCUAAGUUUUGAACUGCGUGACACUGAUUUUUUUUUAACACAUUAUAUGCACUUGCUUAGUUUACAUUAACCUGUGGUAGAAGUUCAGGAGUGUUUAAAACUGUGUGGCUGGCUGGAGUUUCUUAGUGACGAGUCAUAUGACAAUACUAUAUUGG